AUGGCAGGGCCAGUUCAAGAGCCUCAUCACAUAUCUUCAGAUCUCCCCGGAUCAGAGGGGUUACCAUGCCCCUUUUUCUGCAAAUGCGCCCCUCCAAUGCCAGACCCCUGGCGUCCGCCGAACGCCUGUGAUGAUCUGCUGGGAUUGCAUCCGGAGAGGACGGCAUUUGUGAAGCAGCAGGAAGCUCAUUUCUGCGCGCGGCUUUGUCUGGCUACUUUAAGACCCCGUGCCAUAUACGGUCCUGGCCUUUUGUCUAACACCCUUCCGCACCAAACAAAAUUCUUUUCCUUGCAUCAGCCGCUGCCCCCCCUGCCCAUACCCGAGGCUCACAGGUACCACCGCUUCACCCUCGUGGAUCUUCUGGAGCACGAGUUGCCAGAAGCAAAAGGAGAAGCUCGGAGCGACGAGCAAGGAUUCUUUUCUUCUCUCGCUGCAAGUGCUGCGGGGAACUCAAGUGGUGGCUGCAGUAACGGGGGCAGUACAGAGAAGAGCGCCAAGGCUACAGCGGCAACUAUUGCCGCGUUCCUUCUUUCUGCUGCUCCUGCUGCCGCCCUGGGAGAUCAUGCCUUUCGCAAGGUGCACAUGCAGCAGCAGCAGCUUUGUCAGGAGCAGCCUGCUCCGCCUGGCAGUGGCAGCAUGCUGCGAUCCUUCUCUGCCCAAUUCGCUAGACCCCAGCAGCUGCAGCACCAACACGUUAGCAGCAGCAGCAGCGCUCUUGGUGCUGCACCCUCCUCUGUAUGCAGCAGAAGAGGGAGGGCUGAUAGUUACGUGGGCAGCGAUGCUCAGAGGCCGCAGUGCAUCCAGCAGCAGCAGCUGUUGCUGCAACAGCAGCAACUAAUGCUACAGCAGCAGCACCAGUACCUGAAGCAGCAGCAACUAAUGCUUCAGCAACAGCAGGGGGGCAACGUUACACUCACUAGGCAAGAAAAAAGGAGGAAAAUCAAGCGGAGAAAAGUGGACGACUGGUAG